CAGGAAUCAACCUCAUCAGGACCAGCGUCGCCUUUUUGUUGGGGGCGUUAACGGCACGAGCUGAAGUUCCUGAGCGAGACAUUUCACACGUCCACAACUUGUCUCAGUGACCUCAGCUUCUGAACCAUGAUGGAAGAGGACAUCAUCGAGGACCGGGCCAAGCUGAAGCAGGGCCUCGUCAAAGUGCUCCAGUGCGUGGCCACCAUCUCCUCAGCCGCAGCUGUGGUUAACCCCAUUUUUGGCGUGGCCGGCUCCCUGAUCCGGGUGGUGCUGCACCACGUCGACGACGAGGACAUCCGCACCCUGAAGAGAGAGUUUGGCACGGUCCACCGGGGGCUGGACCAGCUGUCCCAGCAGAAUCGCAACACGCUGGUGCAGAUCAAGAAGGAGACGCUGGACGGCCAGUACUGUCAGGUGGAGGAGAACCUGAAGAACCAGUUCAGAAAGUUCAUGGAGAUGGUGGAGGCGCGGCCCGAGCACCGCGAGCGCAAGAAGGAGGACUACGAAGUGAGCUACGCCAAUGACUUGGGCGACCAGAACCUGCACACGCUCUACGAUGGCGUGGUGGGAAAACCGAAGCUCUUCAGCAGACCCAUCCUGGAGGUGUACCUGAAGCACUCGCAGGGCGACCGCCGCACCAUGGAGCGACUCUGCACGCGUCUCACCUACCUGUUCUGCAUCGGCCUCAUCGCCCUGAUGGGCUACGCCGCCGUCAUCGGGGACGAUGAGGAGAGCCUGACGGAGGAGUGGGCCGAGAAGAUGGAGCACGUGCAGGAGAAGAUGCAGGAGGCUCUUCACAGGUGCCAAUGAAGAAGCGGUGAUGAGAAGUCUUCAGGACUCGCAGGUCCACAUUCCCGCUGUAACGUCCUCCUCCUAAGUUUCCUCCGCCUCCUUUAAGCACUUUGAAUUUGCUAGAAUUUGAGCAACAGUGUCACAUUUUCAAAAUCACAUCAGUUUCUCCAAACCUGCAUCUCUCCAUGUUCCUCACAUAGUUUCUCUCCAGGUGGAGGUAAAGUCAAGAAAAUCAAAGUACAACGUCUAUUUGUGAUGGAUCCGGAAUCUGACCGUUUAAAAUGAUGACAAAAAAGAUGAAUCAGCUGUGGGAUCAUCUCAAAUCAUCUCGAAUCUAAACUAGGAGCUAAAUAUCACAUCUAUAAAUUGGGCUUCAGUGAGUGAGAUCACAAUCUGUCCCGCACCACAAUGCACUUUUGGAAAAUAACUGCUAAUACAGCUUUUAUUGUGAAAUAUGUUAUUACACUACAAAGAAAAAGCCUGUUGAAAUAUACAAGUACUUCACUAACGAGUCAAGGCGGCUGCCAUUGAACCUAACAACGCUACAGAGCCUCUUUGAAACUAAACAAAGUUCUAUCUACGAUCUAUAACAUGAAAAACGCUAAACAAGGAACAAAUAUAAAGUCUUGUGAGCUAUGAAUGUAACUACACCCAUUUAAUCAUAUGUUCGUCAGUCUGGCGUGUGAUCACACACACACACACACACACACGUGAACAUUGUAUACGUCCUAUGCAUGGAGAUCAUGAUACAUUACACACACCUGUGGCCGUCGAGCGCUAAUUUAAAAUGCUGCUGUGCUGAGAUAUUUACUUUUUCUUCACUUUAACUGACAUCAUCAAUACGAAAAUGAAAAAUUCAACACUAACAGUACAAGUUAAAUGUACAACGGAGUAUUAAGGUCACGUUGAAGAAAAGAAAAUAAUCCGAUUUGAGAAUGUCGAGAGGAUAAAGUCGUAAUUUAAUUCACGUUACGAGUAAGUAGCCUUAAAUUAGGACUUUGUUCUCAUAAUAUUUGACUUUAUCGUUGUAAAUUUACAAAAAUAAGUUCUUGUAUGUUUAUUCUCGAUUUGUCAAAAGAUUAUUUUUCCUUUUUAAAAAAACGAGACGUGUUCCAACACUAAAUAAACUGUCCACAGCAGAUGCACUAAAUCUAAACCAAAUAUACUGAGCUCCAUGACGUUGUUUAUUUUAUACUGAUUUUACUUUAUCGAUGUGGUUUCACCUUUUUUUCCUUCCCCUCUCCGUUCUACCGUCUCUAUCGCUGCAGGAGCUGUGUUGUUCUAACACACGGAUGCAAUGAUCAGUGGGUUUCUCUGGGUUUUGGUCAAUAAAACAUUGAGUUUUGAUUAUCUGGUUUAUUCUCAGCAUCAGUUUUACACUCAGCUCCUCUUCCUCUUGUCUCGUUCGUCCUCAUCUGACCAACGUGCCUAAAUGGGCUAUUUUUGUAUUAUUUCUUUCAAGGGUUUUAGGCAUAUAUUAUUGUAUAAGGCAUUAUUACUGAAAAGUUUGUGUUCUACAGUUAAAAAAUAAUGUUUGUAAAUGUGCGUCGUGUUUUUUUUAGUGUUCAGCAGACCGGUGGCAUCAGACGGGUUUGAUCGCUGCAGCACGACUCUGUGUUAAACUGGUUUGAACGCCACGUCUCUUAUUGUUACAACAGAUUCUGUCUAUGCUACGUUCAUAUAGUCAACGUGCUGCAGACCUCUUGAAAUGUCUCAUGUGUGAAUAUGUUGCCUUUUUUUGUUUCGCAGCACGAUAAAUAAACAUGAGUGAAUAAAAC